CUGGAUCGGACGUGUGAUGGUGAGACUCCUGACCUGGGUGAUCUGGAAGAGUCUGAGAGGAAGACAGUCCAGGCCAUACUGGAUCUUGUAGACCAAUGUGUUGGGAAGGAUGAGGACGAGUUCAGAUCUCACUUCUCACUGCCAUCCACCUCAUUGUCAGUGCCAUGGACGGUGAGAUAGAGAGCAGUUUCCACAGGAUUCUGUGUUAUUAUUUGAUCAGUUACUGGGAAACUAGGUUCACUACUGUGGUUUUAUAUGUGUGCAUAUUUAUUUCUACAGGAAUGACAGAUGAGGGUCUCUCUGUGUUGGGAUCAUGUUGCAGUCCUCCAGUCUUACAGGCCCUGCAGAUCCUGGUGAGUUCACACCUGCUUGAUUGAGCCUCCAAUCCUGUAUGGACGGGACUUCAUUUUUUCUACAUUUUUGUUUAUGUAAAUGUCUUUGGGUAUAUCUUCCCAUUCUAAAUAAACUAAUAUUUCUACCAUUAUGAUAACAUUGUGCCACCAGUAGCAGUAUAGUAACACCGAUGAUAGUAACCAGUGGCGAUUUUUAACAAAAAUAUUGGUGGGGCAAACUCAAUGAAAAAAGUGAAUAUGAAUCGAUACAUUACUACACUACACUAACCAUAGAAUGCCACCAUCAUGAAUAAUUACCACUCCCAGAAAUGAGUUUAGAGCCACACACACAAACGUUCUAACAUAUGGGUUAUGAUCAGUGUAUAGGCUACUUUCCCAUAUCUUUGGCUCUCAUCACAACCGGCCGUGAUUGGAAGUCCCAUAGGGUGGCGCACAAUGGCCCAGCGUCGUCCGGGUUUGGCCGGUGUAGGCUGUCAUUGUAAAUAAGAAUUUGUUCUUAACUGACUUGCCUAGUUAAAUAAAGGUAAAAUAAAUAAAUAAAUACAUUUUAAAAAAUUGCACAGAGACCACGGUAGUCCGGCAUACUUUUUUAAAGAGUAAAGUUGAUUUUACUUCAGAAUCAAUCUCAGCAUUGGUCUGCAAUAUUGCUAAUCAUUGUUAGAGUAUUGGGACACAGACAAACACCAUUCUGAGUGUAGUUGCAUCUGCCUGUUAACAAUAUGCUCCGGUUAUGAAUAAAACAACAAAGUUUAUAAAGCUACUCCCUCGCUUCAACCAUUGCAUAGAAACAGUUCCAUGGGUUAUUACAUUCUGACAUCAAUCAUUAACAACACGUUGUAGCUAGCUAGCUGUUAGCCACCACAAGUUCUAUCCAAACCACUCAGAUUGAAUUAUUUUCUAACUUGCUUUAUUUUAAUGGAGGCCUGUUCAUUGGCUGAUGAGCACCAAUAUGUCUUAUCUCUACAUUUACUUUAUUACGCAAAGUUUGAACAUGAUUUGCUAGGAGAUAGUUGACAUGAUUCAUGAAGACUUUUCAGCUAGCUAGCUAGAAGACGAUAAACAACUAUGAAAUUGACACAUCAGUCCAAUCAAAGCUACCGGAGAUAAGACGUCGAUUUAUCUGUGGCAAAUGACAUCAAGCCUUCUUGGGCGGGCACUACUAAUGAAUCUCUAUGGCAGCACCCAAGUGGGCAACCGCUGCCUGAGUCUUCCAGUACAUGCUGUUGCACUGUCCCAAUGAAUUCACUCACCCAUCUGAACCUUUGAGAAUGUGCCAAUCACGUGCAGCCAAUUGUGCGCAACCAGAGAAGAUCAAUGAGGGCUUUCCCCUGGCUGGCCUCUCCACAACAGAUCACUGAAUGAGGCUGAAACAGCUGCAUUAGGGAGCUGUCUUACUCAAAGUGACCAAAAUAACAAUACAACCGGGAAGCGAGCACGUAUGCUUAAUUAGCUCAAGCAAAUCAAAUGUGUUUGCUUACUGAUAUAAUAUCAUGUUGUGACAUGAACGAAAGCCAGAAUUACAUGCAAAACCACCGCCAUCUCCUGGAUAGUUGUGGGGCUGCCCUAAAUGAACGUGUCGCCACUGACAGUAACACCAAUGACACAUUUAAGUAAUUUAGGAUUUUCUUAAAUGGAGGCCACCCAUCUCAAAUCUAAGGUCAUUUAACCUUUAGUAAAUUAUUAAGUAAAUUACUUUUUAAAGAGAUUUGAUUAAUCAUUUUGCUCAGGGUGUAAUUUCCCUUCAUUUAAAUUGAGUUACACCAAUGACACUUUUAUUUAAACACACCAAAUGAUCAAUGGAAUCAUUAUAUAUUUAUGACGUACUAAAAUGGUGUGAUUAGCAAAUAAUUGUUUUUAAUAUAGGCCCCUACCCUAAUAACAGUUUGCCACUGGAAGGAAUGCUCAAGGUCCUUGUAUAUCUUUGUAAUUAGUGAUUUACAAGGCGGUAACACUAAUGAUAUUAAAUACUUUUGUUUAUUUUAUAGCAUUCAAAAUAAUCUAAAUCCCCAAAACAUGUCACUACAACUCUACUCAUCACUACUGGGACAAGCCAAUUUGCUUUCCCUAAGUACUUUAAACGAUGCAUAAAAAUAAAGUUUUGCAGUAUAAAGGACUAAUUGUCAUUUUAAAGUGUUUUUCAUUGUGGCAAAGUCGAAGGAUGCAAAUGCCACCUUAAUUCAAGAAUGACCCAGAAAAGAAAGCAUAUAAAUGUUAUUCCUGGGCUGCUUGUCCUCCAGGUGCAGCAUGUGGCAGCAGGGAGUGGGGAGACCCUCUCUCUGAGAGAUGCAGGUCUGGCUGUUCUGACUGAGGAGGAGGUGUUUGGGAGGACAGAGAGUCUCUUUGGUCACUCUAAAGUUACACUGAAUAGAGAGGAGGACACACUGAGAACAGAGAUGAAGGACCAGCCUGGAUACCUUCCUCUUGUCAUGAGUAUCACUGUGAAAGGCCUGGCUUCUUUAGUGUAA